GCCCUGUCCCGGCCGGCUAUGGACCCCAGCGGCUCGCUGCCCUCGCUCCUGGUCCUGAUCGGAGCUCUGCUCCCAGUGUCUGGAGGUGCCCAAGUGUCGGUAUUCCCCUCAGAAGCCAUCCUGCCCCGAGGAGGCUCCGUGCAAGUGAAUUGUACUGCCUCCUGUAACCAAAGUGCCAUCUUUGGCCUGGAGACUGAAUUGACCAAAGAGGAGGUGGACCGGGGAUACACCUGGAAGCUAUAUAAACUGAUCGAUGUGCAGGAAAAUAGCACUCUGCACUGCCAUUCAACCUGUCACAAUAAGCAAACUAUGGCUUCUACCUCCCUCAUCGUGUAUGGGUUCCCUGAGUCCGUGGAGCUGGCGCCGCUGCCCUCCUGGCAGCCCGUGGGCGAGAACUUCACCCUGAGCUGCCAGGUGGCAGGUGGGGAGCCCCGGGCCCACCUCACUGUGGUGCUGCUCCGGGGGGAGCAGGAGCUGAGUAGACAGCCAGCAAUGGGGAAGCCUGCCAAUGUCACGGUCAGGGCCACAGUGCUAGCAGGCAGAGGCGACCACGGUGCCAAUUUCUCGUGCCGCACGGAACUGAACCUGAAGCCCCUAGGUCUGGAACUGUUCCGGAACACCUCGACCACCAGGCAGCUCCAAACAUUCGUCCUGCCAAUGACUCCACCCCAGCUUCACAUCCCCCCGGUCCUGGAGGUGGGCACAAAGUUGACCGUAUGCUGCUCCCUGCGUGGACUGUUCCCGGCCUCCGAGGCCCAGGUCCAGCUGGCGGUGGGGGACCAGAGGCUGAACCCCAAGGUCACACACGACAAGGACUUCCUCUUGGCUAUGGCCUCGAUCAAGGUGAAGGCGGAGGAGGAGGGCACCCAGCAGGUGAAGUGUGUGGUAACCCUGGGGACCCAGAGCCAGCAGACCGGGCAGCCCAUGACUAUCUACAGCUUCCCAGCACCCAACUUGACUGUGAGUGAGCCCGAGGUCUCUGAAGGGACAGAAGUGAUGGUGGAGUGCAAGGCUCACGCUGGAGCCGUGGUGACACUGAGCGGGGCCCCAGCCUGGCCACCGUCUUCACGGGCUCAAAUGCUGCUGAACGCCACCGCCGAGGACAACGGGCGCAACUUCUCCUGCUCUGCUGCACUGGAGGUGGCCGGGCAGGUGCUGCACAAGAACCAGACUCGAGGGCUCAGUGUCCUGUAUGGUCCCCGACUGGACGAGAAGGACUGCCAGGGAAACUGGACAUGGCAGGAAGGCUCCCAGCAGACUCUGAAAUGCAAGGCUUGGGGGAACCCGUCCCCCGAGCUGAACUGUCACCGGAAAAGGGAUGGAGCUUUGCUGCGCAUCUGGGAUCCGAUCCUUGUCAAACGAGAUCUUGUGGGCACUUACCGCUGUCGGGCUGUGAGCACUCGUGGGGAGGUCACCCGCGAUGUCUUCAUCAACGUAGUCUACCAGCAGAACAACAUAGUCAUCAUAAUUGUGGUGGCAUCCAUAGUCUUUGUAGCCACUGUGACCACAGCCACUUGCCUCUAUAACCGCCAGAGGAAGAUCAGAAAGUACAAGCUCCAAGAGGCUGAGAAGGGGACCACCAUGAAGAAGCUGAACACACAAGCCACACCACCCUGAGCCUGUCCUAAGACAUAGCCACCUCCUUGACCCCCACAUGGUGGCAGUGGUGCCACACUGAACAGAGUGGUGGACAAAUGCUAUUCAGCCACACCCACCUCCCCUGAACACCAGAGGACAGGACAGUGGCCUCAGUCAGGAUGCAGACAGCAUUUGGGGUCCUGGCACCUGCACAUCUAGGAUCCUUCCAGGCCUCACACCGAUCUGUACCUGCAGGGCUGAGCCAAGAGGAAUGGACAAGAUUCUGGGCAUGACUGUGAGGGAUGUCAAAGGCUGACCGGCCAGAGGGGGAGUGCCAAGAGACACAUACCCCUGAUAUGGGGACAUGCAGCCAGGAAAUAUUCAAACUUGCUCCCUACUGUGUGGCCUGAGGCCCCACAGUCCUGAGGAAGAAGUGGCCCUGCACAGACACAUGCAGCAUCGAAACACAAAUGCCCAUACUUCCUCUGACAGAUGCCAGCUCCGGCACUGCUGUCUGUCAACUGAAUGUCCCCAAUUCUUGAUAAUCAAAUAUUUAUUCAUUUGUUAUUUUACUACCUAUUUAUUGAGCACCUUUUAUGAGGUGAGAAUGGUGAGCAAGGUGAACAUAGGUCCCUGCCCUCAUGGAGCUCUCGGUCUAAUCUCAUUCAGGGUUGCCAGGUACAGUUGUACUGGUUGGGCACUGCACAACAGUGCCUCGCAAAAAAGAUCAAGUGGGACUGGAAUUUCUCACUCCAUUGGCCAAAUUGCUUUCCCCCAGAAGGUGUGCUUUUUCUAUCUGACACAAAGGCACUGUACGGACUAGCAAUGGUUACAUGCUCAGAGACCACCCACUGGGUGCUUACCCUCACUCUGCCAGCACUGGUGCUGACAUUCCUUAGCUAUCUCUCCACCCACAUGCAUCUCUGUCAGUGUUUGAAACGACGGUCAGUGACCAUGCCUAAAUAUGGGUGCCUACUUUUUGGCAGUUAAACUAUGGAGUCCUGUGAAACCAUGCCCAACCCCUGUGUGCCCCUGUCUUAUCCUACCUGUUGCCAUCUCAGUGGGACCAUGCAGGAACAGAACACUGCAACUCCAAAUUCCCGCAGUGAUCAGGGCCCUGCAAGCAGUGGAGAGGGGGGCCAAGGCCUUGGAGGACUCCCUGCCCGCUCUGAAAGCCCCUCAUUUGCACUAAUAAAGCUUUUUCAUCUGCUUCA